AUGGAUUCAGAGAUCGCCUUCGACUUCUCUCCAUGGUUCAUAAUCUACAAAAGUGGCCGCAUCGAGCGCCUCGAUGGUGAAACCUUCGUCUCACCUUCUCUAACUCCACAAAACGGCGUCAUCUCAAAAGACGUCGUUUAUUCUCCCGGCGACAAUCUCUCCGUCCGUGUCUUCCUCCCGGAGAAAGCCGCUGAGACCGGUGAGAAACUCCCUCUCCUUGUCUACUUCCACGGCGGAGGCUUCAUCAUCGAAACUCCUUUUUCGCCGACUUACCACACUUUCCUCACGACGGCUGUCUCUUCCUCCGGCUGCGUAGCAGUGUCAGUGAACUACCGGCGUCCACCGGAGAAUCCCAUCCCGACCGCUUACGAUGAUUCUUGGACGUCUCUCAAGUGGGUAUUCACUCACGUCACCGGUUGUGGACCAGAGAGUUGGUUAAACAAACACGCUGACUUCAGCAGAGUGUUCCUCGCCGGAGACAGUGCCGGCGGGAACAUCACUCAUCACAUGACGAUGAGAGCUGCUAAGGAGAAACUUAGUCCUGGCUUGAGCGGUUCAGGAAUCUUUGGGAUCAUCUUGGUACAUCCUUACUUCUGGUCCAAGACACCAGUCGAUGAGAAGGAUAUAACCGAUGUGACAAAAAGGUUAAGAUCGGAGGUUAUGUGGAAGAUAGCGAGUCCUAAUAGCAAAGAGGGAGUGGAUGAUCCGUGGAUCAACGUGGUUCAAGCAGAGUCGGUGGAUAUCUCCGGGUUGGGUUGCGGAAAGGUUUUGGUAAUGGUGGCGGAGUUAGAUGUGCUAGUGAGGCAAGAUUGGUGUUACGCGGAGAAGCUUGAGAGGAGUAGUUGGAAAGGAGAAGUGGAGGUGAUGGAGAGUGAAGGAGAAAAACAUGUUUUUCAUUUGAAGAAUCCUGAUACUGAGAAAGCUCAUGAACUUGUGAAGAAGUUCGCAAGUUUUAUUAAAGGAGAGAUGUAA